CACGAAGCAGCAUUUCUUUUUUCAUCAACGUCGAGCUCGACGUCAAGCUGGUCGCACAGCUCAUCGCUUUCACCUUCCGUUCAUGCUCACAUCUUUAUAUCGCUCAACGGCCACUACAAGUAUCAGGUUCUCGCGCAGUCAAACCACACCGUCAUUGAUUCGGUACCAUUGUGUGUUGAGCAAUACCAGGUUUAAACCUCAAAUCACCGCCCUGCGGCCAUUUCAUUCGACGUCGAGACCCUUGCAGUCUAGUCUUUCAUCCAGAAUAUCCCAAAGAGUCUGGUACAGGAAGGAUGGAACAUCGAGAUCCAAAGUUCGGGGCGCAAUAUACACAUUGAUAGGCUCUGUAGCCGUCUUGACCGGUAUCGCUGCGCUAGAAGUCAUGGAAGACCUACAAGAGCUAGUACUUCAGCUUGCCGCCAUGCUACAAGUUCAACGUGUUGAUUUCGAAGAAUACAGUACAAUCGACUUCUCUGAUUACCGCCAAACUACGCAGUACUUCGAAUCGCUUGCAAAACCAUUCCUCAUUACGGCGCAGUACUCCGAUGAGGCAUCCGUGGCCCUCUUUUUCAAACAUGUAUUGGAAAUGGAUGACGCGACAGCUGCGGUUGUGAAGGAGAGAAUACACUCCUGUAUGAAGGCAACAGCCGAACAAGUGCAUGAGCUAUUGAGAGGCAUAGGGGAUGAACCGUUGGACUCAUUUCAGGACAUCACAAGGCUGAUGAGGGAGGCGUUGCUUGAAGUUGCGACGGACAUGAUGGUAGAAACUGAUGAUAGGCUGGCUGCGUUGUUGAAAGUAUUCAAGGAUAAGGAUGACUCGGGGAAGCCACCACCGUCAAAAGGGAGAGGCUAUGAGUUGAUUGGGUAGAUCUUUGGACUAUACAACUCCUCAUUGGACCUCUUCCCCGCAGCAAUACUCUGCGUGCCCUACGGAAAGCGAAUAUUACGACCGCGGUGGAGAUGGCCCCACGGGCUAUACAUUAUCAGGACGAAGUGUCCCGGUAUAAGUACUGUAUACGUGCAGUCAUCUACAAAGCCUUGUAGCGCAUGCACAUGUAAUCUACUCCGUUGACAUAAAAUCAUUGACUGCAGACCAUCCUUCCCAUAUUUGGUGGGUACCCC